AUGCCGCAACUUUCCAGAGCCUCUUCUUACUUUGGAUUCAUAUUUUUUGCCGUUUCCGCGGUGCUCAUCGGCAUAUUCUUGAACCCCAAGAGCUUCGGCCCACUUACGCCAAGCAUUUACACGCAACCAACAUCAACAUCAACACCGCAAGCAACCAUGGGCGGCGGACCAGCCGGCGGCUACCGCUCGGUGGCAUACUUCGUUAACUGGGCGAUCUACGGAAGAAAACAUCGCCCGCAGGACCUGCCUGUUGAGCGGUUGACACAUGUGUUGUAUGCUUUUGCGAAUGUGCGCCCCGACUCGGGAGAAGUAUACAUGACCGACCAAUGGGCCGAUACCGACAUCCAUUGGGAGGGCGAUAGCUGGAAUGAUUCCGGCACGAACCUCUACGGUUGUAUGAAGCAGCUGAAUCUACUCAAGAAACGGAACCGGAACCUCAAGGUCCUGUUGUCCAUCGGUGGUUGGACCUACAGCAGCAACUUCAAGCAGCCUGCCUCCACGCCUCAGGGUCGCCAGACCUUUGUCAAGUCGUCCAUUGAACUCCUCUCCCGCCUCGGCUUCGAUGGCCUCGACAUCGACUGGGAGUACCCGCAAAACGCUUCCGAAGCAGCCGACUUCGUCGCCCUCCUCGCCGAGCUCCGCGCCGGCCUUGACGAACACGCAUCCACCGUCAACGCCCCCCAGCGGCCGCACUUUGAGCUGACCGUCGCCUGCCCGGCCGGCGCCCAGAAUUACAACAACCUCGAUAUUCCCGGCAUGGACCGCUACCUCGACUUCUGGAACCUCAUGGCCUACGACUACGCAGGCUCGUGGGACCGCGUGGCCGGCCACCAGGCGAACUUGUUCCCGUCCCCGCAAGACUCGGCCCGCACGCCGUUCUCGACCGAGGCGGCCGUCCAGGCGUAUGUUGGGCGUGGCGUGGCACCGCACAAGGUGGUGUUGGGGAUGCCGUUGUAUGGGCGGGCGUUUGAGGGCACGGAGGGGCUGGGCCAGCCGUAUAGUGGCGUGGGCGAGGGUACGUGGGAGAAUGGCGUGCACGACUACAAGAAGCUGCCGCUGCCUGGGGCGGAGGUGCGAAUUGACUACGACGCUGGUGCGAGUUACUGCUAUGAGCCGAACCGCAAGGUGUUGGUGAGUUAUGAUUCGGUGGAAAUGGCGAGGAGGAAGGCGGAGUAUAUCAAGCAGCGGGGGCUGGGUGGUGGAAUGUGGUGGGAGAGUAGUGCUGAUAAGGAGGGGCCGGAGAGUUUGAUCGGCAACGUGGUUGAGGUUCUGGGGGGUCCGGCCUCGCUUGAAUGGCGGGAGAACUGCGUGACCUACCCAUUCACCAAAUACGACAACCUCCGGGAGGGCUUCCCGAAUAAUUAA